GGAAAAUAACACAUAUCAAUAGUUUAAUAUAAAUAUCUGAAAGAUAAAUCAUUGUUAAUAGCUGUUUUCUCCAUUUGUGCUCGUAUUGGACUAUAAAUCACCGAUUUUUUUUCAAAGACUGUGAUACAGUUGGACUUUAUUAAUACAUGAAAUUUCAUUAAGGUAUUCCAAAAAGAAAUAUAACUUGUUGGUGUGUUAUUAAGAAUUCUACCACUUAUUUACUUUUAAAAUAACACUUUGUAUUGAAAUUCAGGAAAUUUUUUACCGUUCCAUUCAAAAUAAUAUAAUAUUCUUCCAAAGGCAUUCAGUCAUUUCUAUUUAUAUCUCGUAAUUUCCCUAGCGAUGUCUCAAACACAAUCCGCCACCUGGUUUAACAUGGUUGGAAAGAAAAAGGGUUAUUCCUUGAUAGCCUUAUUUAUUAUUGUACAAAUAAUUCUUUUAAGGCAUAGCUUUGGAUUCGAUGAUGAAAAUCUUACUUCAUUGAAAAAUCCAAAGGAAAAGGUUGCACAACCACCAGCAUCAACUUCAAAUAUUGAAUUGGUAAAACAAUCUCCAAUUAUUGAAACAGAAUUUGUUGAAACAGACCCAAAAUAUUCAAAAUUUGUAUUUGAAAAUAGAAGAAUCCCUCAAUCCAUGAAAUCAGGAGAAACUGUAUUGGUUAUCUCAAGUGUGGUUAAUGAAGAAGCUUAUGGAAAGGAUAGAACAUUUGAUGAUUUUUUCGGUUCAAUUAUUGAACAAGAAUUCCCUAAAAAUUCCAUGUCACUUGCAUUUUUAUUUGGAACUGCUGAUGAAUAUUUAAAAGCUCAAACUUAUUUUAAAAAGUAUUUUAAACCUUUAAACACGAUAUCUGACCAUGAUAAAUCGCAAGCAACUGUUUUGCAAAAAUUUGUGCGAAGAGUUACCCUUAUUAAUGCUCCAUUUAUUGAUGAUGAUUUUUCUGUUGAUAGAGCUGACAGACAUUUAGACAAUUUCCAAAGACUUCGUAGAAGAACUAUUGCAAGAUCAAGAAACUUUGUUCUUUUCAAUUCUCUUCAAGAUGAAAGAUAUACAUUAUUUAUUGAUAGUGAUAUUGUUAAAUUUGAAUCUAAAGAGAUGUUAAAGAUUUUCAUUGAAUCUAAGAAAGAUAUAAUUGUUCCAAGAGUUCAAAAGGGUGGAGAUUUGGAUUAUGAUAAAAAUUCGUGGGUUGGUGAACGUACCAAGCCAAAUGCAGAAGAAUUGGCCAUACUUGAUAAAAAUGAUUGGGAUCACUUUACAUACGUUCCACGUGAUGUUGAUGCAAACAUGAAACAUUUAUUCCAAUUGUAUAAUGAAGGUAGAGAAAACGAAUAUAAGAAGCAAGGUAAGGAUAAGAAUUCUGCCGAAAGUGAUCAAAAGAUUAAAUUGGAUCCAGCCUAUAGUGUUCAGAUCGAUUCUGUUGGUGGUGCUGUUCUUUUCUCACGGUCAUUGAUUUACAGACAAGGUAUUGCAUUUCCACCCACAUAUAUAAUUGGAACUACUUGGGACCGGUUAGAAGGGUACGAUGGGAUUGAAACUGAAGGUCUUUGUUAUUUAGCAAAACCACUUGGUUACAAAUGUUGGGCAAUGCCAAAUCUUGUUGCUCAACAUGAUACUGGUUAAUCCAACUAUGCACUAAAAAAAUUAAUAACUCUAAUACCUAACAAAUGUACAAAAUAUGAAAAUAAU